CGUGUCAACGUGUUUGUGUGUGGGUACAUGGAUACUUGGAUAGGUUGCUGAGGUUCCCUUCUCUUUAUUUGUGGUGGGUGGACAUCAGGGUUUCUUCCACAUCAAAUUAUCAAAACCAAAAACACUCGUCAACGAACAGCUCUCAUCUUCAUACCCUCAGAUUCACACAUACAUACGCGAUAACCUCUCCAAAAUCAUCUCCAUACUUCUUAUCAGUCACUGUCUCUGCUUUUCGUUUAACAAUUUUUACAUAUUCUGUUCAGAUUUAUCUAACUUCCAUCGGCAAUGGAUCGUUUGUGUAUGAUUUCGUCGAUCCUUGAGCUUCGCAAAGGAUUUGGCACAACAGGGAAGACAAAGACUUUAAAUCCAGAUGCUGCAGAAUUUGUUCCAUUUUCUCUAAGAUCACCAUCUGGAAACACACGUUCUGUAGACACAUCUAAUUUUGGCAAUUUUAGUGCUUCAACACCUGGGAAAUCAAUACUCAAAAGAUCAGAAUCUUCUGUAUCAAAUAAUUCAGAUGAUGAAGCCCACCAGUUCUGGCGUCACCAACUACCUGAUGAUAUAACUCCUGAUUUCCAUGUUGUGGGAGAAGAAGAAUCUAAUGGAAAUGGAAGCAAUAGCAUUUCCAUUUCCAUUCCCUUUUCAACUUUGUCUAUAGUGGAUGUCAAUGGAAGCUCAAGGUUCCCUGAGCAACAUGAAUCAUCUCCUCAUCAAAUGAAUGGUGGCAGGUUUGGUAAUUUUCAGCAAAUGCAUGGUGAUCAGUUGCUUGGUGGGAUUAUAGAUGAGCCACUGCCACCCUAUAAUGGUGAUAAUGGGCAAGGGUAUUUAGAUGAUAUGCUUAAUGAGGGUACAGAAGUAAAUUCUCUUGGAUUUUUGGCUUCCCAAUUUCCAGGUUUUGCAGCUGAAAGUCUUGCGGAGGUUUAUUAUGCUAAUGGAUGUGACUUGAAUUUGACAAUUGAGAUGCUGACUCAGCUUGAGCUUCAAGUAGAUAAUGGUUUGAAUCAGAAUCCAAACUCCAAAGGCUUAUCAGCACCAAAUCUCAGUGCUCUUGAUUUCCCUGCAGUUUCUCCCACAGAUAAUCAUCACAUUCCACCAUUUUCUGCAGUUAGGAAAAUGUCAUCACAGGAUUCGAGUAUAUGGAAGUAUGAUAGAAACCCUUCUCCAAAUUCCACCAUUGGAUCAAGCAGAAGCUCUUAUUCCAGUGGUUAUGGGCCCCGUUCGGCUCCUGUUUGGCUUGAAACUGGUGAUGCAGUUGCAAAUAUGUAUUCUGAAAUGCGGGGUGAAGCUCGUGAUCAUGCACGUUUACGCAACGCAUAUUUUGAACAGGCACGACAAGCUUAUCAUAUUGGCCAAAAGGCUUUAGCUAAGGAACUGAGUGUGAAAGGGCAAUUACACAACAUCCAAAUGAAAGCUGCUCAUGGAAAGGCUCAAGAAUCUAUCUACUAUCAAAGGAAUCCGGUAAGUCCAGAAAUGCAAGGGAAUGGAAGAGGAGGAGGGCAGGAAAGGAUAAUUGAUCUCCAUGGGCUACACGUGAGUGAAGCCAUUCACGUCCUGAAACGGGAUCUGAUGACGUGGCGUAACAUUGCCAGGUCAGCAGACCAGCGUGUCCAGGUGUACAUAUGUGUGGGGACAGGCCACCACACUAAAGGGACAAGAACGCCAGCUAGACUUCCUGUUGCUGUCCAGAGGUACUUGCUGGAGGAAGAGGGGCUUCACUACUCUGAACCCCAACCAGGGUUGCUCAGGGUUGUCUUGUAUUGAUUGCUUCAUUGAUUCAUCAGUUUUUGAAACCCUAAAAAAAGGGUUCAAAAACACAUGUUAUUCUUGUAUGUAUGUGUACAUGGAAAAAAGAUUAGGAAAAAACUUCAAGUAAGGGGAGAGAGAUUAGGAAAAAGGAAAGAAAAAUGUAUCUGUGUAUUAUAUAAAAGGUGUAAUCAUGGGAUAUACAACUAUGUUUUGGUAGGGAUUUUUGAUUGGAGAUUAAAAGAAAGGGAGUUGUUUGAAAUCUAAUCCCUCAAGGAGUAAUCAUGGAAC